AAUUAUAUUCUUAUGGCAUAGUUUAUUUGUUCAAAUCUAAAGAAAACAAUUUUAAAAUCUAUUUUCAUGGAAUAGCAUUUCUUUUCAUGACAUACAAAGAAAAAGAUAGGAACUCACUGUACAAGUCAAAAACAGAUAGAUCACUUAGGACAAGAGCAAUUUAUAGUUAUUAUUUGGGCAGUACGAGGGAACUGGAGUCUCUUGAUCAAGAAAUAUGAAUAUAAGCAAACUCCACACAGUAGGCAGCAAAUUACAUGUCAAUGUGAUUGUUAGUGAUAUAAAACAGUGAUAGUUAUUACUAGUAUUAUUUGAAAGAUAUAGGCAGGAAGAAUAUUUAUUUGAAAAUCAGGUAGGUAAAGAAUUUAUAUGGUGCAUUUGAUGGUUCUGGCCCAACUUUUGAAACCAUCCAUCUACUUUCUUAACCUGUUUAUCCAGGGCAGGGCAAGGUGCAAAUAGAGCCUAUCUUGGCAUUCAUUGAGCCCAAGGCAGGAGCAACACCUAAACAGGGUUCCUGUCCUGUGAAUUUAGUAUUUGGUAUAGAUAAGUAAUAAGCUGUGAAGGAUUGUGUCACAUAUAUGAUUUCUAUUUCCAGGUAAACUAAAACAGUACCCAUUUACACUUAAUAUAAGAGCAAAUUCAAUGCCAGUAUAUAAAAGUACAAUAUUUUUAAGAUAGACAUUAAAUGUUUUAAAGCAGGCAGAGGUAUGUUGAAAUUUAAAUAAGUCAUUAAGAUGGACUACAUAUAGUUCUGAUUAUUUCUGUUCACCUACAGUGAAAGUCACCAGAUCUUACCUAGUUGUGUCUAGUAGUGUGUGGUACACAGUAAAGAUUUGUCAACCAUGAAAAUUUUUCAUGUAUCAUUUUUACCAAGGUUUAGUUCAUACUUGUCAUAAAAGAUACACGUGAUGGGGAGUGGGUGUUUUAUUACCUUCUGACACAACGUGGCAUGUGGUAUUACAACAGUGAUGAUAAAAAAAGGCAGUGAAGAAUGAACAGCUGGCUUUCUUUGUGAAAACAGAAGGACCAAUGGAAUGUGGUACUUAGCCAUGAUUGAGUGACCUAUGGAUUCUGAAACUGAGACCCUUCCACUUGAAAAUGCAUCUAUUAUUUCUGAAAGUACAUCGCAAGAGGGUCAUCGGCUCUGGAUUGGUAACAUAGACCCUAAAAUUACAGAGUUCAACUUAAUUAAGCUUCUUGAAAAAUUUGGCAAAGUCAAGCAGUUUGAUUUCCUGUUUCAUAAAUCUGGUCCUCUAGAAGGGCAGCCUAGAGGUUACUGUUUUGUGAAUUUUGAGACAAAAGAGGAAGCUGAACGUGCGAUUCACUGUUUAAAUGGAAAGCUGGCGCUCUCGAAGAAACUUGUAGUGCGAUGGGCACAUGCUCAAGUGAAACGGUUUGAUCAGUAUAAAAAUGAUAAAAUACUUCCAAUCAGCCUUGAGCCUUCAUCUAGUACGGAGAUGUCCCAGACAACAUUGAGUGUUAAUGCGAAAAUAAAAGCCAUUGAGGCCAAGCUAAAAAUGAUGGCAGACAACCCUGAUGCUGACUAUACAGGACCCUCUGCUUAUUCAUACAAUAAACCCACAGAUAAAAAGCGAAGCACUCCUUACAGCCGACAGUCCCGCAAAACUAAACGAUGAUGGUUACAGGAAGACAUUUUACAUUUAGGAGUGUUUUCUGUUAUUUAGGCUGCUGUUACCCUUUUAACCAAAUUAGCUUGAAAGAUGAGUGGUGAGAAACUAAUCAAGUAAUGCCUUACUUUCCAGGGUGGAAUAUUAUCUAAUUCCAGAUAAAUUAUGUUGUGGUAAAAUCCUUUUUGUCUUUCCAGUAGAUCUUUAUUCUUUAAAAUAUUCAGUAGGAGCUAGGACAAAGGUGUCUGCUGGUACUGACACAGAAUAGUAAAAAUCUAUUUUUAUCUUAGCCAACUGUUUAUGAAGUUUUGAUCAUAUGUAAAAAUUGGGUUUUCUAUGAAAUUUUGUAUUCAGGUUUUUUUUUAAUUUUGUUUUGCCUUUAAUGAUAGUAAAGUUACAUUGUAAUUAUUCACACAAGAUGUAAUUUCCUCAAGUACAAGUUUUGUCUUCAUUAUAACAUUUUUAUAUAAUGUCUGUAAUAUUUAAAAGUCUGUUAUUUUACCUAAAUACUUAAGUAUCAAUUUCUAGUCAGUGCCAUAUGGUCAUACAAUGUUAUGAUUAUUAUUAUUCUUUUGUCAUGUUAUUUAUGUGUUGCCUCCUUCUAUUAGACACCUAAAAGAGCUUCAGACAAGGUAUUAACAGUUUUCUGCCACUAUUAUAUGAAAUGUGUGUCAUAUUUGUUCAUUUUUAGUAUUAUAUGUCUAAAUACAUCUCCAACUUUUGUAGAUCUUUGACACCUAUAGUCUGAGUGACAUGAGCUAUGUUUAUAUCACAAAGAAAACAGUUUUUCGAAAAACCCAUACACCACAUAAUUUUGUUAUCUUCCACUUUCACUUUAAUACACAUUUACAAACAAAUUGCCACAUAGUUCCUCAGCCUGAGUAUUAGAUGAUUAAAGUAAGAUUUUUUCUAGAGAGUCCUUUACACUGGGCUUCACUACUUAAUUUAUGCAACUUACAGACAUUUCAAAUUACUUUGAAGUUGCAAAAAUUCUAAUGCAUUUUUUCCAUUUUCUUUAGCUGUAUUUGAGACAAUUUAACUUAAAAUAUAAUUUAAUCAGUUUCUGAAAUGACCUUCUUUUUGUUGGUAAUAAUUACCCAUUAGCCUGUCAAAACGAAUAAAUGUGAAUGCAGGGGAUAUGUUACUAUGGAUCUUCUCAUGUUACACUACAGUGAUUACUUUAGAUAAAAGGUGAAUCUCCUUAAGUAUAUACUUCUGUAUUUUUCUAUUUUGUAAUAGGUUAUUUGUGGUCACUGACUUAUAUACUUUGCUGCAAAAGUCUGAUUGCUAGACGUAUCAAUACUACUAAAUUAGGCGCUUAUUUUAAGAGUUUAAAUCCCUGGGUCAGUUGCCAUUUCUUCAGCAAAAGAAAUAAAAAAUUCUAAAUUUUUUUGAGAGAUGUAAAGAAGAGGCAGUGACAGUUUCCUACAUGUAUUCUUGUUGGUUUAGCAUUUUUUGUUUUAACAGUAUUUUUCCGUUUCAGAUCAAAUUUAAAUUUAACAGUUAGACCAGGAGUGUAUUUUCCGAUAAGAAGAUUUCAGUUUGUGGAACAGUUUUAUGUGCUCAUUUCAAGAUUAUGAAUUGUCUCUAAAGCACUUGACUCCUGAAGGAGAACAGUUUGCUUAAAAGUAAUGCAGCCAUCACUGUAAAGGUAGUCUGGCAUCCCUAACCUCAAAAACUGAUGCUGUGGUGACACUGACUAAGGAUGACCAUCAGACAAUCAAGUCCCCUGCUGGUCCACUACAUGCCCCAUUCUGCUGUCCAGUGUAAGCAUAACCGAAUGUCACUUGUUUAUGUCCCUGUACAAAUUAUACUUCUUUACAGCCUCUGCUUGCCCAGGCUCAAUGAUUUUUGCAGUUUAGUAAACAUGUAAGUUGUCAUUAUUUAGCAUGUUGUUACAUAUAAUGUCUACCCUUGCAAAAAGUUCUUUAGAUACACUGAAAGAUUUCUUUAAAAUAGUAUAGUGGAAAUAAAUGAACUCUUUGUAAAUGAAAAAUAAGCUACGGGAUGUCUCACAUAUGUGAUGAAUGUUAACACUGUCUGUAGAAUUACUAAUAUUUUAACUGUUUUUUCUCCUAAACUAAGAAAAUUUUUAAAUAAAAUGAGAACAUCAAUAAGAAGCACGGA